GAGAAAGAGAGAGAUAAAGACACGAGUCCAGUCUUUAUCUUGCAAAAUGGGGUGUCUGUUCUUUUCCUUUUAUCAUCUUUAUAAUUUGUUGGGGCUCAAAGCUAGGUAGAAUGUAUGUGUGGCUUCAAAAUUAGCAGUGUGUGUUUGUGUUACCUGGGUUUUGUCUAUUAGUGUCUGUGACUCUGUUUUGCCUUCUGUUCAUUAGAAACAUAACAGUGUGGUUUUACUCUGGCCUCCUUUCCAAUGGCAAUCCUCUCCAAAUCUAUUACUACCGGCCUUGAGUGACUCCUGGUCUCACUUUAGUAGCAACAUGAAAUUUGGAUCAAAGAAAGUAUGGAAACUGAAAGUGCCAUUCCGUUUGAAAGGAAAAUCGGCCACCCGUUUUUGCAUAUUUCCAAAAGUCAAAAAAGCUAGUUAUGGUCCAGGCAACACACCAGUUUAUCUCAAUGUGUAUGACUUGACACACAUGAAUGGCUAUGUCUAUUGGGCUGGUUUUGGCAUCUUUCACUCUGGUGUGGAAGUUCAUGGAGUAGAAUAUGCCUUUGGAGCUCAUGACUAUCCAUCUAGUGGCGUGUUUGAGGUUGAACCUCGGCAAUGCCCAGGCUUCAAGUUUAGGAAGUCGAUACUCAUUGGAACUACAUGCUUGGACACAGUCCAGGUAAGGGAGUUCAUGGAGCGCCACUCUACAAACUACAAUGGCGAUACAUAUCACUUGAUCGUGAAGAACUGCAACCAUUUUUGCAAGGACAUUUGCUACAAGCUGACCGGGAAAACAAUUCCAAAAUGGGUAAAUCGCCUGGCAAAAUUAGGUUCGAUCUUCAAUUGUGUACUACCCAAAGCACUUAAAAUAUCUGCAGUGGAACAUGAUCCAAGUUACAAAGCAUGCGAUAGUGAGAAAAGAAGGCUAACAACUGCGUUCAGUUGUCUAUCGUCUAUCUCAACUAGGCAAAGGCAGUUAUCAACAUCGUCGUUGUUUCUACAGUCUCCCUUAAAAGGCUGCUUACCUCCAUGGGAAUUGAGAAAGUCUAACAAUGGCUCACUGAAGGAAAGGUAAGUGACCAUGAUGACCUUUUCAAAUCCUUUUCUUGGAAAUCUCUCCUCAUCAAGAAUUGGUUGGAAAGGGCAGGGAGUGUGUAAAACAUGGUGUUGUUUAGCUGUGAGGAGAAAGCAGGUAGCUUGCCAUCAUGUUGUAUUUUCUUUUUAUUUGUAGAGUAAUUUAUGCCUUUGAUCCUUGUAGCAUUAUGUUCUGCUGUCAAAAUUCGCUUAUGCUAAUUAUUAGUUUUUUAAAAGAACAGAACCUAAAAGCAGUUUAGGCCACCAAAUGUUGCCCGUGAUGAUUUUUCCUAGAGUGAUCUUUUGUAUGGCUGUGGUACUGUCAA